CCAUAUCUUCUCCAAACUGUGGACAUGGCUAUGGCGAUUCGUUCUGCACUCGCAAAGCUGGCGACUAAAUCUAUUCACAAGAACAGAAGUGGAAUUCUGAUGCUUAGGGCUUUUGCGAGCUCAGCCAUAGACAAAAACCCCAAUCACCAAGACGACGCCGUUUCGGGGUUUCCUGCUGGUCAUUACUUCCGUCACCGAUUCGAUUAUGGAAGCCAUGAAAGCAAAAAGAAAGAGCUUAAGGUAUCUGAUUAUUAUAUGGAUUUAGGAGGAUUAGAGCCUGCCCGUUUCGCCAUGGAAGAGUACAACAAGCGAAAGAAUUUGCAACUGCAGUUUGUGAGAGUUGUGAAGGCACAUAGGCUUCUGCUGUGCACAGGAAUUAGCAGCCUAUAUGUUAUAACAUUGGAGGCAGUUGAUGCCGGAGUGGCUAAACUUUACCAAGCAAAAGUUUCGGAAAAUUUCACUGACGGCAUGUUUUUGGAAUGGUUCUGUCUUGUCAUUGAUGAUGGGUGUCCUAUAGCACUAUUUGAUCACCUAGAAAACUUUUUUCCUCAAAACGACCAUGAAGUCAAAGCGGAGAAUCAAACUCCGAUGUGUAAAAAGAAGGGACUUAAUUGUUCUAAUAACUCAUGUAUCAAACUAUGUCGUAUUGAACCUGCAUAUGACUUAUCAAAUAAUGACCAGAUGCAAAGAUUUGGACAUUGGGCCGUGAAAAUGUUCAACGAGGAAAAGGUUUGA